AUGCUUGUACUGAGAAGUCAAGAAUGGAAAUUGAAAAAAAAACAAAGUUUGAUGAUGGGUCCUGUUGUGGAGUCACCAUAUGGCCCUGAAGUGGAACCAAGUAAGGCACCAGAAGCUAUCAGUAAUGCAGUUGCUUCUUUGCCUCCGGAACAGAUGUUUGAAUUAAUGAGGCAGAUGAAACUAUGUGUCCGUAAUAAUCCUACCGAAGCUCGCACAAUGCUCAUGAAUAAUCCACAGUUAGCAUAUGCAUUACUUCAGGCUCAGGUUGUAAUGCGGAUUAUUGAUCCAAAGACAGCUGUUCAAAUACUUCAUGGAGGACGAGAAAUUGUUGAGCCAUUGUUGCCACCUUCAGGACCACCACCUACUUCUAUGGCUCCAACAAUGAAUGGAGGACCUCCCGGUCCUCCACCGGGACCUCCUGGACCUCCUGGACCUCCAAUGCCCCCUGGUGGUCCUCCCCACCAACAAACUUACCCACACGUUUCCUCCUCCUGUUUCUGGCGGACAUGGUGUUUUCCAGGGUCCACCACCAGGACCACCACGCCACGAGGCCAUUCCUUCCCAGCUGGUGACUUUGAUAUGCGGCAAACAAUGAAUGUACCUCCACGGGGUCCACCUCCCCAAGGCAAUGAUCAGGACAUGAGACUAGCACCUCCUGGAAUGGGUGGUCCUCCUCCCCCACAUCCCCAUGAAAACUUUGGUGGGCCACCUCAUGACUUUGAGAACAGACUUUCUUUCUCAGAUGAUACUGUUAAAGAAGAACUAAAACCUGGCAAUAAUUUGGACCAGCAGACCCCAAGGCUCUUUGAAGUCAAGCUACUAGAACAAUGGUGGUGCAUGCAGGAAGCUGCAGAGUACAAGGUUCAGCAGUGA